AUGUGUGUUAUUAUCAAGGCCAUUUAUCCAUCCCCUCCUCUGCUGGUCGUAUCCGGCCUUGACCAACUCAACAAAACCCACGUCCUCACCACCUGCCUCGCCUCUCGCAAUCUUUCAUUCGCGCUAGUCAAAGUACGAGAUUGUUUGUCGCAAAGACACCUCCUGUCAAAGAUAUUUGCAGCUUGCGUUUCUGCGCGAGCAGGUUCUCAGCAAAUAGACGAUCCCGAGGACAGGUUCCAGCAGCUUAUUGACGAGGGACGUUACGAUAGAGUUGACAGCACAAAUGCCCUGGUGCACAAUCUGCACAAGCUACUUGACAUUCAACCUCAGCAAAGCAAGGAGGAGAGGAUUUCUUCGAGGCUGAUUUUGAUUCUCGAUGGGAUCGAUACGCUGCGAGGCGGCAGUCUAAAUCUAUUGCCUGCCCUGGCCAGGUUGGGAGAUAUGAUACCGUCUUUGUCCCUGAUCCUAACAUCAACCUCUCCCCGUCCCCUUGCUUUGCACAAAUCAGGGGUGCCAUAUCUACAUUUCCCUCCCUACACACGCACCGAAUCUAUAUACAUCCUAACCACCACAACACCUCCGUCAAAUCUCCUCCCCAAUUCAACGAUUCUCCCCGACUACCAACCUCAAAUUAACGAAGAAGCACUGAAAAAGAUUUAUGCCCAAUUUGUUGCAACAGUCUAUGAUUCUCUUGUUUUCGCCACAAAAUCAGCUUCAUUAGAGUCCUUUCGCAACACAACUGAGAGGUUAUGGCCACGAUUUAUUUGGCCUUUGGUCAUCGAUGAGCCAGUUCCAGGUGGUGGUCGCAAGACAUGGGACUUUGCAAGACUGCUGGUGCGAAACAGAGGCCUUUUCCAGACGGAAGGCGAGGCAGCUCUCCACGAUGUUCCUAGGUCGAGAGCAGGGCACGAUGACGUUGCGUGGACAUUUGAAGAUCUCGCAACAAUUCAUUCUACGAUACCGCAGGAAGACUCAUCUGCCCCAGCAAGCAUUCCGAGCACGCCUACAAAACGAUAUAGCUCGACAACCCGUCCAGCGACUGGCAAGAUGAACAAAGAUAAUGAUAUUCACCCACACAAUCGUCUGAAUAGGAGAUCAAAAAUCCCAUCGGCAGGCCAGACACGCCUUCUCAAACCAUUCCCAACCCUGGUCCUCCUGUCAAGUUACCUCGCAAGCAACACGCCGCCCAAACACGACAUUCUUCUAUUUUCACGCCUUUCAUCCUCAUCAAGUCAUAUCAGUAAGAAGAUACGCCGACUCAAGAACACGCCGAGCCGGAAGAAGCAGGCACAAAAGUCGGCCAUGGACGGCACCACUCCUGGAAGUGGUGCUGGAGGUGAUCGCACACCGAGCAAGUCCAAGAAUCGGAUUAUGAAAACAAUUCUGUCUUCAUCGGCGUCAGGGAAUAAUAAUCCGGCCAUGAAUCAACUCCAAAAGUCCUUCUCGCUAGAGCGACUCCUAGCCAUUCUGCGUGCCAUCCAUCCAGAAGGCGUGGAGAACAGAACCGGGCGGGGAAUCUGUGAUAGAGUCUACCGCGAAUUAGGAGAGCUGGAGAGACUCAGGCUGAUUGUCCGAGCAGAUGGGGCAGCAGGUGGUGCGGGCGGCGCUGGCGCCUCUGGUACUGCCAACACAGCGGCCGAAGAUGCCAUGGAGGAGAAAUGGAGGAUCAACGUCGGCCGACAGUGGGUUGUCGAUGUGGGAAACCGUAGUGGCAUGAGUGUCAACGAUUAUGAGAUUGAGGGCGAAGCCUAA